AUGCUGUGGUUUCUGCUGCUGAACUGUGCACUCUGCAUGGGAGGACACUCUGCAGCAGGACAGAGAGAUGGGGAAAUUAUCAGUCAGAUAAAAAUGACUAACCUCGCACUGGAUGAGAUUAAAGAGCUUUUAAAACAACAGAUAAAAGAGAUUGUAUUCCUGAAAAACACAGUGAUGGAGUGUGAAGCGUGUGGGAUGGGAGGAAUGAAACCUCGUCCCUCCUGCGUGCCGAACCCCUGCCACCCAGGGGUGAAGUGUAAGGAGUCACCUCAGGGUAUAAAGUGCGGACCCUGUCCUGACGGUAUGCAAGGCAACGGUACCCACUGCACUGAUGUCGACGAGUGUACUGUGAUGCCAUGUCACAUGGGUGUCCGCUGCAUAAACACCUCCCCAGGUUUCCGCUGCGGCUCCUGUCCUGCUGGAUACACCGGCCCACAAGUCCAGGGAGUCGGCCUCGCCUACGCCACCGCCAACAAACAGGUCUGCAAAGAUAUCAAUGAGUGUGAAGGCAUCAACAAUGGAGGCUGUGUGGAGAACUCUCUCUGUAUGAACACCCCUGGCUCGUACAGGUGUGGUCCCUGUAAGACGGGCUAUAUUGGGGAUCAGCGGCGCGGCUGUAAGCCAGAGAGAGCCUGUGGAAACGGCCAGCCCAACCCCUGCCACGCCAGCGCCGAGUGCAUCGUCCAUCGAGAGGGUCGAAUUGAGUGUCAGUGUGGAGUCGGGUGGGCUGGAAACGGCUACCUCUGUGGCCCUGACAUUGACAUCGAUGGGUUCCCUGAUGAGAAAUUGGCCUGUCCUGAGAAGAACUGCAACAAGGAUAAUUGUCUCACUGUUCCCAACUCCGGUCAAGAAGAUGCCGAUAGUGAUGGCAUUGGAGACGCCUGUGAUGAAGACGCAGAUGGGGAUGGGAUCCUCAACAUGCAGGAUAACUGUGUGUUGGUGCCUAAUGUUGACCAGAGGAACAUCGAUGAAGACGACAUUGGCGACGCUUGCGACAACUGCAGAGCCGUCAAAAACAACGACCAAAAAGACACGGAUGUGGACAAAUAUGGUGACGAGUGUGAUGAAGACAUCGAUGGGGAUGGAAUCCUCAAUCACCUGGAUAACUGCAAAAAAGUUCCCAAUGCUGACCAAAAGGAUCGUGAUGGAGACAAAGUAGGAGACGCCUGCGACAGCUGUCCUUAUAUCCCAAACCCGGACCAGAUGGAUGCGGACAAUGACUUGAUUGGCGAUCCCUGUGACACCAACAAGGACAGUGACGGUGACGGGCACCAGGACUCCCGGGACAACUGUCCGGCCGUCAUCAACAGCUCCCAGCUGGACACGGACAAGGAUGGCCAGGGAGACGAGUGUGAUGAUGACGACGAUAAUGAUGGCAUUCCUGACCUGCUGCCACCAGGUCCUGAUAACUGCCGCCUGAUCCCCAACCCGCUGCAGGAGGACUCUAACGGUGAUGGUGUUGGCAACAUUUGCGAGAAGGAUUUCGACAACGACACCAUCAUCGACACUAUCGACGUUUGUCCAGAAAACGCUGAGGUCACCGACACUGACUUCAGGGAGUACCAGACCGUUGUUUUGGAUCCGGAGGGCGAUGCACAGAUCGACCCAAACUGGGUGGUGCUGAACCAGGGAAGAGAGAUAGUCCAGACCAUGAACAGUGAUCCUGGGUUGGCUGUGGGUUACACAGCUUUCAGUGGUGUGGACUUUGAAGGGACCUUUCAUGUGAAUACUGUGACGGACGAUGACUAUGCAGGAUUUAUCUUCGGGUACCAGGACAGCUCCAGUUUCUACGUGGUGAUGUGGAAGCAGGUGGAACAAAUCUACUGGCAGGCGAACCCGUUCAGAGCCGUGGCAGAACCUGGCAUCCAGCUGAAGGCUGUCAAGUCGAACACAGGUCCAGGUGAAAACCUGAGAAACGCCCUGUGGCACACCGGAGACACCAGCGAUCAGGUCAAACUCCUCUGGAAAGAUGCUCGCAAUGUCGGCUGGAAGGACAAGACUUCUUACCGCUGGUUCCUCCAGCACCGACCCGCAGACGGUUACAUCAGAGUACGUUUCUACGAAGGUCCUAAAAUGGUGGCGGACACAGGCGUCAUUAUAGAUGUCACAAUGAGAGGAGGUCGACUCGGAGUCUUCUGCUUCUCCCAGGAGAACAUCAUCUGGGCAAACCUGCGUUAUCGCUGUAAUGACACUCUUCCUGAGGACUUCGACACCUACAGAGCCCAGCAGGUCCGGCUGGCGGUCUGAUGACACUGAGCGAGCCCAGGGAAUUCUGGGAAACACUUUCCAAAGCAAAGCUGGGAUAACAAAUAAAACCAUCACUUAUAUAAAAACGCUUAUAAGAAGUCAACCAAAUAUGUUUUAAGAUAAAGAUAUAAACUCAUGACAAAAGAGGACACGCCUCAUCAUGAACAAUUUUUUGGAGGAGAAGCGAGAAUAAAAAUUGUUUCCAAUUGUUUAGCAAACGGAAAUAUCUGACAUAAAUACUUUUUGACAAAAUAUUGUCCUAUAUUGUAUAUUCAAAUUUCAAUUUAUACUUUUGAAAAAACGAUUGAAAAUAUUUAACUCACUGAUGAAUAAAUGUGGAUUUUGGUAAAUAAUGUACAGUACAUAUUUAACCAUUAUAUUUCAAAUAGCAAAUUUAUGAAAUAUCGAAUGAGGCAGGUAUAUAUGUUGGUGUACUGUAAAGCAGCUUUAAAUAUGUAUAAGUAACAUAUUAAUUGAUUUACCGAAGAAGAAGUCAAACAUUUGAUUUAAGUAACAGACGUGACCUGUUUUUUUUUCAAACUCAACAGCUUUUAGUGGAAAUCAACAUUCUGAACAUUUCACAAGCAUGCACAUAUCCAAAAUAAUCUUUUAAAUUUUGCAUUUGGAAAUACAGAUUACAAAAUAGAAACAAUAGCAAAGACAAUAUACAACAGGAUCUGAACACCAUGCACGUCCACAGCAAACACGCUGUGACGUUGUAAAAUGACAUCGGGCCGCUUUUUUAAAUCAGCAUUUUCUGAAAAUCAAGACUAUGUGCAGCGAAAGAUCUGUCUUCCACAUUCAAUUUAAUUGACAAUUUCUUUCAUCUUAUAAACAAAUGGUCACAUAAGGAAAAUCACAUGGCAACAAAGAAUUUACUACAGAUCUUUUACUACGACUUACAGGACAACAGUGGUUUAUGCUAUUAUCAAUAGAAGCUUUAAGUGGAAAUUAAACUAUGUUUUUCCAGAGACAGUUGUAGAGUCAUUUAGAAAACCCUGUGUUAUUAAAGGGACGUUUUAUUCAGCCAUAAAACACCCUGGAAACAAGCAGUAAAGACGGAGUAGAAACUCUUUCUUUUUCACGUGGGAUCAAUGAUUCAUCUUUUAACACACGACUCCUGUUUAAGACGGCUCUGCUUCUUCAGUUUGGGACAAGAUGUCAGCUUCACUGCUUUUCAACACAACAUACACUUUGUUAACAAGUAACUCAAGUCAGUGAAGGCUGACUGGAACAAGCAGAUGAGCCAAAACUAAAUAACUUGGAAAAUAUAAAUUCAUUUUGAGGUGAUUUGUUCAUCUCAAGACAGAAAAUGUAAUAUAGUUUAAAAGCGGGGAAAAAUUUCUCAGUGUUUAUCUUCAGAUGUCUUAUUUUGUGAAAUUCCCUCAAAGUCUCAAAUUCGAAUUCAUGCUCUACACUUGAGGAUGUUUUACCAACAAGAAAUCACCACGGAAAGACAUUCAAGUCUGCCAAACUGUCUUUUUUAUUUCCUGACUUGAAUUAGCUGCCUAACUUGAGUUCAGUUAUUUGUAUGUUUGUCUCUUAGCUUAUGCUAUAGACAACAAACCAAUGACAAUAGUAAAAGGCAUCUAAUUCUUUUUUAUACUUUAUGUUAUUUUCUAACUUUGAUGAGCUACACCAUAGUUG